AUGGAGGCGAAGGGCAGCCAGACAGUGGCUCUGUUGGGUCUGUGCUGGAUCAGUGUGGCUCUGCGUGGUGUGGCCCCCUCUGCCAGCGGGGAGUGCUACUUCAACGCCAAAGGCGGGCAGGCGCCCAGCACAGCAGGAAUCCUGAUCCGGGACGGGCAGCAGGGUGCAGCCCAGUGUCUCAGUGUCUCAGGGUGCAGCUCAGUGUCCCAGUGUCUCAGGGUGUGUCCCAGUGUGUCGGUGUGUGAGCAGGAGAAUCGGCCUGACCGCUCGCUCAGAUGUCUGUCUGACCUGCAGAUCGUGAGCGACACCCGGCGCCGGUCGGACCUGCAGUGGUUCUGGAGCCGCUAUCCUGAUCGGUGCCGGACGGUGCGCGUGGAGGCGGCAGAACAGACCCGGAGAGAGAGGGGCUGGCAGUUCACCGCAGGCGUCGACGACGCGGAGUCGGAGUGUGGGCUGGACGGGGGCGUGGCUUUCGACUGGACGAUCCACAACGACAGCGGCGCGCAGCGAUUGGAGGAGCAGCUGGGGGGGCUGCUCUCAUUGGCCCGUGAACGAGCGGGGGUGUGACGAC